AUGGAGAAACUGGAGAGAGCUCUGUUCCGCCUGGAACAAGGCUUUGAGCUGCAGUUCCGUCUGGGUCCGACCCUCCAGGGUAAGGAAGUUCAGGUGUACACCAACUUCCCUGUAAAAGACCACAAGUUUGAUCCCGUAAAGUUUCACUCUUUGGACUGGGUCUACCCAAAUGGCCAGGAGGAUGACUGUGAUAAGUACUGCAGACUGGAUUUAAUAGUGGCUGGAUCUUAUCAAUACUACUUUUCUUGUGGGGAUAAAGAGAGAGUGAGUGGUGGUUACAUUGUAGUUGAUCCAGUUCUGAGGGUGGGAGCCAACAAUGACAUCCUCCCACUGGACUGCAUCAGCAGCCAAACAUACUUGGCCAAGUGCCUCGGCCCUCUGGACAAAUGGCUGGACAGGGUCAGAGUCGCAAAAGAGACUGGCUACAACAUGAUCCACUUCACCCCACUGCAGAAGCUUGGUGUGUCUGGCUCCUGUUACUCCAUAGCUGAUCAACUGGAGCUGAACCCUGACUUCUCACUUGAUGGAAAGCAUUAUGCAUGGGAAGACAUUGGUAAAAUGGUGGAGACGGUGAGGAGAGACUGGAACAUGCUUUGCAUCACUGAUGUAAUCUAUAACAAAACAGCGGCUGACAGUGAGUGGAUUCGUCUCCAUCCUGAGUGUGGUUACAACCUGAUCAACUCUCCUCAUCUGAAACCAGCGUGGCUCCUAGACAGAGCUCUGUGGCACCUGAGCUGUGACAUGGCUGAGGGGAAAUAUGCUGAACAAGGAUUACCAGCACUCAUCCAACACGAGCAGCAUAUACAUGCCUUGGGGGACAUUCUGAGGAAGCAGGUCUUCUCCAGGCUCAGGUUGUGGGAGUUUGUGCAGGUCAACAUAGAUGAAGCUGUGGAGCAGCUCAGACUGCUGUUGCAGGCUGGCAGUGUGGGUGUCAGUUCCAGGUCUAGUCCAGACUGUAAUCAGCAGCUGAAGAUAGUUCAGGACCCUCAGCACCAACGCUAUGGAAACACAGUGGACAUGACCUCUGCCCUGGAGACCUUCACACCUCACAGUGAGAGCACAUCAGACAUCCAGGAGUGUUGUGACUGUUUCAGGAGAAGACUGGAAGAGCUCAACUCAGAACUGUACAAGGAGAUGAACAGCCAUGCAGAGAAGGCGGUUAACUGCAUUGUGGGAACUGUAGUUGAAGAACGUCUUGCUGAACGGGGACCUAAGCUGGGCCUAGUCACAAGGGAAUACCCCCUCUGUCCCAGGUAUUUCACCUUUCCAUUUGAAGAGAUGAGCCUUGAGAAGGAAAUGCAACUAACGGAGCAGAAAGACAAAGCAUGUCACUUCCUGGCCCAUGAUGGCUUUGUAACAGGAAAUGACACACUUAGAAACUUUGCUGAACCAGGCUCAGAAGUCUACCUGAGGAGAGAACUCACCUGUGAGAGCAACACUAUCAAGCUCCGUUAUGGAGAGAAACCAGAGGACUGUCCUUACCUGUGGGAUCGGAUGAAUACAUACACAGAGAUUACAGCCAAGCUCUUCUGUGGUGUACGCCUGGUCAACUGCCACUCCACCCCUAUGCAUGUGACUGAGGCGAUGCUGGCAGCAGCCAGAGCCAUCAGGCCUGACCUCUACGUGGUAGCUGAGCUCUUUACUGGCAGUCAGCUUACCAACAAUGUAUUUGUAAACCGGCUGGGAAUCACCAGUUUGGUGCGAGAUGUUGGGCAUGCUACAGGCAGUCAGGAGGAGGGGGGAUGGCUGUCUUGGUUUGGUAAGGAGCCUGUAGGUGCCUUCUUCCAGCCCAGCCUUCGGCCUCUUCUCCCAGCUCUCACUCACACCAUGUUCAUGGAUGUCACCCUGAACAAUCACAGUCCUAUCCAGAAGUGUUCAGUGUAUGACUUCCUGCCCAGGUCUGCUCUGGUUUCUAUGGCCUGCUGUGCUACAGGCAGCACCAGAGGAUUUGAUGAGCUGCUUCCUAAUGAGAUCUCUUUGUUGAAGGAGGAUCAUCUGUACUGCUGUUGGAACCAUUUUGUCCGAACAUGCGACCAGGUCAACCUGCAGACUGGAAUCAUGGCAGGAAAGAUGGCAUUGAACAAGCUGCACCAGGAACUUGCUGCUGAGGGCUUUACUCAGGUGUUUGUGGAGCAAUUGGAUGAGAAUGUAGUUGCAGUGACCAGACACUGUCCCAGUAGCCACCGGUCUGUUGUAGCUGUGCUGAGAAGGGCAUUCAAGAACCCAGAGGCACACCAUCAUACAGAUGAGGCACUCCAUCAUACUGUAUUCAUACCAGGUCAGAUAGAAGAGGUGGUAUUGGAGGCUAGGACAAUUGUGAGGGACAGAAAAGAUGACAUCAGCAUCAAUGGCCUGCCAGAGUACACUGCAGAGAUCCAAGAACACAUCCAGCUGAAGGACAGUAAACUGGUGAAAAAUGCAGCCAUGGUUCCAAAACACAGUGGUGCUGUCCAGGAGAUUCUGCUCAAGAAGUUCAAACCCGGCUGCAUUAUCAUUUUCAGGGUAACUCUGGAGUCCAGGUCCCGGAAACAGCUGGGGGUUCUAAGACACCACCUGAUCCAGUUCAGUCCUCAGUACCAGACUGGGAGCCUGGCUGAACAUAGUACCCUCUCUGUUCUCACCAAGCCACUGAUGACCAUUAUGUCCAGGCUGACGCUGGCUGACAUGAACAUACUGCUGUACCGCUGUGAUGCUGAGGAGAGGGAGAAUGGGAAAGGUUGUUAUAACAUUCCAUCAUGGUUACCUCUCAAAUACGGAGGCUUGCAAGGACUGAUGUCAGCAUUGGCGGAGAUUCGCCCAAAAAAUGAGCUUGGUCAUCCACUCUGUCACAACCUGAGGCAAGGAAACUGGCUGAUGGACUUCAUCUCCAACAGACUGCUGGCAAAGGGUGGUGCCUUAGGAGAGGUGGGCCACUGGUUCCAAGCAAUGCUCAGCUACCUGAAGAACAUCCCCCGCUACUUGGUACCUUGUUACGUUGAUGCAAUCAUCCAGGGAGCCUAUACUACUGCUCUGGAAGCUGUCUUCAAACAGAUGUCAAGCUUCAUUCAGGAUGGUUCCAGUCUGGUUAAACAGCUGGCACUAGGUUCAGUGCAGAUGUAUGGUAUGGGUCCCUGUUUAUCCACCAUCUCUCCUCAACUUCAAGAUGUUUCACUGGCAGCAGGUCUUCCUCACUUCUGUGUGGGGGUAUUCCGUUGUUGGGGUCGUGACACCUUCAUUGCUCUGAGAGGCUUGAUGUUGCUGACUGGCAGACACCUGGAGGCUCAGAACAUCAUCCUGGCAUUUGCGGGCACGCUACGUUACGGCCUGAUUCCCAACCUCCUCGGCCCAGGCAGCUGUUUACGCUACAACUCUCGGGAUGCUGUGUGGUGGUGGUUGCAAUGUGUCCAGGACUUCUGCAUACUAGUACCAGACGGUGUCUCCAUCCUCAAGCUUCCUGUAUCUAGGAUGUUCCCAACCAACGUAUCCGACCCACAGCCUCCUGGAGCCUGGGAUCAGCCACUGUAUGAUGUGAUCCAGGAGGUCAUGCAGAGACACAUGCAGGGUAUCCAGUUCAGAGAGAGCAAUGCUGGGCCACAGUUAGACUGCAAUAUGACUGAUGAAGGGUUCAAUGUAGAGGCUGCAGUGGAUGAGAGUACCGGCUUUGUCGUUGGGGGAAAUCGUUUCAACUGUGGAACCUGGAUGGACAAGAUGGGUGAGAGUGAGAAGGCCCGCAACAAGGGAAUCCCUGCAACACCCAGGGAUGGCUCUGCAGUGGAGUUAGUAGGCCUGUGUAAGUCUACUCUGCGCUGGCUUGUGAAGCUCCAUAAAGAUGGCCACUUCCCCUACGCAGCAGUAACUGUACACAGAGGAGGACAGACAUAUUCAGUGUCAUACGUGGAGUGGGACUGUAAGAUCCAGGAGAACUUUGAGAAGAAGUUCAACAUUUCUCAUGAUCCCCAAGAUGUCGAGGAGAAGCACCCACAGCUGGUCCACAAAAAAGGCAUCUACAAGGACAGUUUUGGGGCUUCUAGCCCAUGGUGUGACUACCAGCUCCGGCCUAACUUCCCCAUUGCCAUGGUGGUGGCCCCUGAGUUGUUCACUGUGGAGAAAGCCUGGGAGUCUCUGUGUGUAGCUGAGUUGAAGCUGCUGGGACCCUUGGGAAUGAAGACCUUGGACCCUGAUGACAUGGUGUACUGUGGAGUAUAUGACAACAACCUUGAUAAUGAGAAGUUUACCCAAGCUAAAGGCUUCAACUAUCAUCAAGGCCCAGAAUGGUUGUGGCCCGUUGGCUACUUCCUGCGUGCCAAGCUCUACUUUGCCAAGAAAAUGGGAAAAGAGACAUAUGACAAAACUGUUAACCUGGUCAAAAACAUAUUGUCUCAUCAUGCUGUCCACUUGGAAAGGUCACUUUGGAAGGGUCUCCCUGGGUUGACCAAUGAGAAUGGCCAGCACUGCCCCUUUAGCUGUGGGAGCCAAGCCUCAUCCAUUGGUACCGUCCUGGAGGUCCUGUAUGACCUUUGACCCCCACAAGCAGCACAGCACCAUAUGAUCAUCAUCUGAACAUCUAGAAUCUUUGAGAAUGUCAGAUUUUGCACAAAGUAACAUAUUGCCCCUAAUAUAGGCUUCAUUGCAUCUUGCUAAAAUAUAUGUGUUCAGUUGGUUUGAGAUCUGGUGAAGACUGUGAAGACCAUAUUAUAUGAUUAACAUCAUUUUAUACUCAAUAAACCAUUAAUUGAGUCCUCAUAUUAUGUAUGGAAACAUCUGCAUUUGUUACGUUUUUCUACUCAUUUUUUAUCCAGGGUUUUUCUUUCAUUUAUCACUCUUCUUUGACUCAUACUUGCAAUAUUCGAUAAAAGCUUAAUAACACUGCUAUAUCUCCACUGUUAAAUCUCACCAGUGUAUUAUUUAGACUGGUAACACUGGUUAGAGCAUAUAGUUUUGUUGGGCACCAUCAAGCCUCAUUUGUGUGCAUGAGACCAUCUCAUGUGAUGAAGGGCUGAAAUAAACAUUGUCAGACUAGUGGCUCUUCAUGGCAGGUUAAGAAAGUUUUGUUCCUUGAAUAAGC